AUGGAAUCACAAGCAAAAAUUGAGAAGUGUUGGCUUGUCGUAUGGGUUCUCUCGAUCGUCGCCAAUGUCUUGUUGACUAUUGCCACGCUCACACCAGCUUGGCAGGUGGCAGAAGAUACAGAUGUGGGACGAUACGUUCAAUCUGGUCUAUGGCUUUAUUGCCCAGGAGCAGCGCAGUGUUGGUACAUCUUCAGCGACAACCUCAUUAACUAUUACGAAAGGGUUGAUGUUUGCCGAUUUCUGUUGAUUGGAGAUUGCCGUAAAAAACUUCUGCGAACGCCUUAUUUUUUUGGUAAGUUUUAUAUUAGGUCGGUGAUGUAAAA